AGGAGGAGCCUGAGGAGGUGUCUGCUGCAAGUUCCUGGCUGAUUCUGAGCUCACACCAUCCUCCAAGAGGGAGGAGGCUUAAGUGAUGCUGCUGCUGUUGCCGCCUCUACUGCUGGUACUCUAGUGGAGCUGGAAAGGGUGGUUCCUAUCGCACCAUCGCCAACCAGAGAGGGAGGGGAAAAAAAUCCCGGCAGCCGCUGCUGAUGUUGGGUUCAGAGGCUGCAUCCGACCCGGUCACAAGAAAAAUGGAUUCAGUGUGCGGCUCUCCCUCCUUUCAGCAUCCUCUCCUGGUCUCAGCAUGGAGAUGAAAAUUUCUACAAAAAUGAUUGCUACAUCUGAAAUCCAGUUUCCCAGUGAGGUGCGAACAAAGGAUUGUCUUCACUGGGAGACCUUUGCCUUUUUCACACUUCUUAACAACACAAAGCAUCCAUUGAGGAUUGAGUCCCUUGGGGGCUUCCGAGGCAUCGUUUGAGAAGACCUUAUCAAGGAACACCACGCAGUAGUGGCUGAAACAUCUCCCUCCAGGACAUGAAACAGUAAAAUGGCAGUACCUGUUUGAGAGGAUUAAAACCCAAAAGACUCCAUUUAGAAAGGGACAAUGUCCAAGAAAGGGCGAAAUAAGGGCGAGAAGCCCGAGGCACUCAUUGUCGCCCUUCAAGCUGCCAACGAAGACCUCAGGACCAAACUCACAGACAUUCAGAUAGAACUGCAUCAAGAGAAAUCCAAGGUAUCAAAGCUUGAAAGAGAGAAGACUCAAGAAGCAAAGAGGAUUCGUGAGUUGGAGCAGCGCAAACACACUGUCCUGGUGACAGAGCUUAAAGCCAAGCUCCACGAGGAGAAGAUGAAGGAGCUUCAGGCCGUGAGGGAGAAUCUCAUCAAGCAGCAUGAGCAGGAAAUGUCAAGGACAGUGAAGGUGCGGGAUGGGGAGAUCCAGAGACUGAAGUCUGCUCUGUGUGCUCUCCGGGAUGGCAGCAGUGACAAAGUAAGGACAGCACUCACCAUUGAGGCCCGAGAGGAGGCCCGGAAACAGUUCGAUGCGGAGCGCCUGAAGCUCCUGCAGGAAAUUACAGACUUGAAAACUGCCAAGAAGCAGGUGGAUGAGGCUCUGAGCAAUAUGAUCCAAGCGGAUAAAAUCAAGGCUGGGGACCUUAGGAGUGAGCAUCAGUCCCACCAGGAAGCCAUCUCGAAGAUCAAGUGGGAAUCGGAACGGGAUAUACGAAGGCUGAUGGAUGAAAUCAAAGCCAAGGACAGGAUCAUCUUUUCCCUGGAAAAGGAACUGGAGACUCAGACAGGCUAUGUACAGAAACUCCAGCUGCAGAAGGAAGCUUUGGACGAGCAGCUCUUCCUAGUCAAGGAGGCAGAAUGUAACAUGAGCAGUCCGAAGAGAGAGAUUCCAGGAAGGGCAGGAGACGGGUCUGAACACUGCAGCAGCCCGGAUUUACGAAGAAAUCAAAAAAGAAUAGCUGAAUUGAAUGCCACUAUACGAAAGUUAGAAGACAGGAACACCUUGCUUGGAGAUGAGCGAAACGAGUUGUUAAAACGCGUGCGGGAAACUGAAAAACAAUGCAAACCUCUCCUGGAAAGGAACAAGUGCCUAGCCAAGAGAAACGAUGAGCUGAUGGUGUCUCUGCAGCGCAUGGAAGAGAAGCUAAAAGCCGUAACCAAGGAAAAUUCAGAGAUGAGAGAAAAGAUAACAUCUCACCCACCAUUGAAGAAACUGAAGUCUCUGAAUGACCUUGACCAAGCUAAUGAAGAACAAGAGACAGAGUUUCUAAAACUGCAGGUCAUUGAGCAGCAGAACAUCAUUGAUGAGCUCACAAGGGAUCGAGAAAAACUCAUCCGUAGGAGAAAGCACAGGAGAAGCUCCAAACCCAUGAAGAGGCCCGUUUUAGAUCCAUUCAUUGGCUAUGAUGAGGACUCCAUGGAUUCAGAAACAUCAUCCAUGACCUCCUUUAGAACAGACCGGACGCCUGCUACCCCUGAUGAUGACUUGGAUGAAAGUCUAGCUGCUGAAGAAUCCGAGCUACGAUUUCGACAAUUAACAAAAGAAUACCAAGCCCUCCAAAGAGCAUAUGCCCUCUUGCAAGAACAGACUGGAGGUAUCAUUGAUGCCGAAAGAGAAGCCAAGGCACAAGAGCAGCUCCAGGCAGAGGUGCUGAGGUACAGGGCCAAAAUCGAAGACCUGGAGGCAACGUUGGCUCAGAAAGGGCAGGAUUCACACUGGGUAGAAGAUAAACAACUUUUCAUUAAGAGAAACCAGGAGCUUUUAGAAAAGAUAGAGAAGCAGGAAGCAGAGAAUCACCGGCUACAGCAGGAACUUCAGGAUGCCAGAGACCAGAAUGAGCUGCUGGAGUUUCGCAACCUAGAACUGGAAGAGAGAGAGAGGAGAUCCCCUCCAUUUAAUCUACAAAUUCACCCCUUCUCAGAUGGUGUGAGUGCGCUGCAGAUCUACUGUAUGAAGGAAGGUGUCAAGGAUGUCAACAUCCCUGAUCUCAUAAAGCAGCUUGAUAUCCUAGGUGACAAUGGGAACCUAAGGAAUGAAGAGCAGGUGGCCAUAAUUCAGGCCAGCACUGUGCUGUCCCUGGCAGAGAAGUGGAUCCAACAAAUUGAAGGAGCGGAGGCUGCCCUGCACCAGAAGAUGUUGGAAUUAGAAAGUGACAUGGAACAAUUCUGCAAAAUCAAAGGCUACCUGGAGGAAGAACUAGACUACAGAAAACAGGCUCUCGACCAGGCAUAUAUGAGAAUCCAGGAACUAGAAGCUACUUUGUACAAUGCUCUGCAGCAAGAAACUGUGAUCAAGUUCGGUGAACUGUUAAGUGACAAGCAGCAGGAGGAGCUGAGAACAGCUGUAGAAAAGUUACGGCGGCAAAUGCUGAGGAAGAGCCGGGAGUACGACUGUCAGAUCCUCCAGGAGAGGAUGGAGCUCCUGCAGCAAGCCCACCAGAGAAUCCGUGAUCUAGAAGAUAAAACAGACAUCCAAAAGCGGCAGAUAAAGGACCUAGAAGAAAAGUUUCUGUUUCUAUUCUUGUUCUUCUCUCUUGCCUUCAUUCUAUGGCCUUGAUGUCAAGGUGCCUCUUAAAGAAAAAUCAAGAACUUGGAUCAUAUCCCCAGAAGGCAAAUGCUUUUAAACCUUCAAAGAUGGCAAAAUUGUUUACACCGAUGUAAGGGAAAUCACAAGCUAAGAAUUACCCUAUAGCCAAGACUAUGUGCUUUAAAGCCAUUAUUCAAGGUUUCUUACUUGACAGUUUAUAAUGACCCUGUUGAAAAAAAAUCUACACUAUAUGCUGCAUUUAAUGAAACGUGUGUAUGUCAAACCAGAAGAAGAGAACUAUAAACAUAUAUUGUGUGAAGAAAAAUUUCAGCAGUGGAACCAGCUUCGGCAGAUCAAGAGAAGAUGUGUCUUGGGCAUGGAACCAAAGUUACAAUGAAACAUUCAAACUCCUGCUGUGCAGGGGAGGGUCAUUUUAAUGUAACACCACACCCCAUGAAAACACUAUUCCUGAAAAUAAACAUCAUUUUAAAAAAAAACAAAACAAAAGUGAAAAAAAAAAAAAGAAAAAAGCAACCCAAGGGUGGGUGGGUAAUGAAGCACGAGGAAUAAUACCUAUGAGGAACUAUUUACAAUAAAAUGUUUCGUUUGAAAAGUCUGGUUUCUUACUACAGGGAUUUGCUUUUCUGUCUUUAUGAUUGUUUUAAACUCAGGAACAGAGACAUCUCUGAUGAGGAGGGAAGAAAAAUGCUCUCCAUUUUGUUUCUCCAAAAGGUGGAGUUGAGAAUGAGAAGUAGAUCCCAGUUACCCUACAAGCAACUGAGCCAAGGGACUCUGGGGAGUAUAAUUUGGAGUGGAAUUGAAAAAUCUAUGCUUCGUCGCCUCAUAUCACACACCUGCAUUUCUCCACCAUGGAUGGAUUGGUCUCAUCUCUAUUGAAAGUGGUGAAGAUGACACUCAGAAGUCACAAACUCCCCAACUUAGCUCUGUCUAAAAUAUCAAGAUCUAUAGGGAACUAGGUCCAGAGAGCAGCUCGGCAUCCUCCAGAUACAAGUUAAAAUUGCCUGCAGAUGAAUAUGCUAUCCAACUUGUGUGAAAACCUCACAGAAGUGAUGAUAAACUGACGACCAACAGUGGGGUUUGCCAGAGAGCUGUGGAAAUUGAGUAUCCCGUGAUACCCAGAGCAACCUGAACUCUUGUCACUUAGAACAAUAUCGUUAUUUUCUGAGAUAGUUGUCUUCAACAAGAUGGCUCUACUUUUUUAUAGACAAUACUGACAAGGUGGUUCUCUACCACAGGCAGAUAGAUAACUGAUCCUUUUCCUAAGUCACAUAUUACUGAGUCUUAGAUUCAGCAAUGACAGUAAAUAUAUGGUCCUGAAAAGCUGAUUUUACACCUCCUUGACUGUAGAUAACAAGGCAACCUCAAUUUUUCAAAUAUUCAAUGUUUUCUUUCUGGGGUUAGAAUUCUCAUGCAUAGAGAAUGUGUGUAGGGAGCCAAAAACUCUUUCUAUGAAAUGCUACACAAAUAGUUCCGUAUGUGAAUUGAGUAUAUUCUCCUUCAGUUUUAACACUGGCAUUUUCAAAGCCAGAGCAACUGAAGAAUCUUCAAGACAAAACAGAAUCCUGGGGUCCCACAUUUUUGUCCCUGAAUUGAAUGCUGACCCAACUGUUUGGCCCAGUCACUGAACCUCUGUGUGCCUCAGUUUCCUCAUCUGCAAAAUGGGGGUUAAAUGUUUUGAUUUUUUUUCAUAAGGUUUUGUUUGCAAUUCUGGAACAAGAGGUGCUUAAGGUAGCACAAAGUGCUUUGUAACUGUUAUAAAUGCUGUAUUAUUUGACUUCCCUGAAUAAUGAAAUAGUUCCUGAGUUUGAUUCCAACAGCAUAGCAUUACUGAAGCUUCCCCAUCAAGCUACCUAGGACAUUAUUAGCAAUAAAUUGUGAGAUUCAAAAACCACGAUGUUAAAUCAUCUAUAGGAAAUAGAUUGACUCAUACUAUUGAGAAAGAUGGAGAGUAUGUCAUUUUGCUAAGCACCUCCCGUGCUCUCUUGAUUGCAUAACAUGCCAUUAAUCAAAACCCCGCCAUCAUCCCAGGAGAGUCAACCAUGUCACCAUGGAUUGGCAAGAACGGAAAGCAACGAAGAAAGCCGUUUAUUUUGUUUUCAAGGAAUGUCAGAUGAUGUGCCCUAAUGCAAACAUUUAAAAAGUCAGAACUAUCUUAAUGGAUUCUUUGUGCAACUAAGGUAAGUCCCAGAUCCCAGUGAUUAGCAGGUUCAUUGUGUAGUUGAUGUGAAACAGGGUACUUCUACUAUGGCUGCCUCAGCUAACUCAGUCCUGUGUGGAAGUACACAAAUGGCUUGUUAAUCUCUUUAAUUAUACUUCAUCUACUAUUAUGGGGCCCACUUGAGAAAAUGCAUACUUCAUCUGCUCCAUACAUCCCUCCCUUCUCUCCUUUGCUUUCCCUAUCAAAAACCUGGUGGGUAAAUUUUCCUAUCAGAGAAAUACAUCUAAAUUAUUAUGAAUGUUAGUACUAUGCCAUGUGCUUCCCUGCUGUUAGUUGAAUUGCAUAAAACCCGUACUGAACUUUCUGAGAGCCGCAGCUGCUUGAGUGAUCAUCUCUGAAACUCAAGAUUGGGGGUGGAGGAGGCUUGCUUUCUGUUUACUAUCCAGAAUAUCAAGGAAGUUGCUCUUGACCAUAAGCUAAAUGGUGACAUCUUUAUCAGGUUCUCACCAUAGUCCUCAGAAUGAAUGCUCUAAUAUUUAGAAUAUGGAAGUUUAAAUAUUCUUGAUGGAUUCCAUGGCUACGAUGACAGCAGUGUUGAGAAAAAUUGAAGCUGUGUGUUUUGCUUAUCCAUGGAUCCCUGAAAAUGGAUCCUAUCUAAAUGAGUGCUUUCUUGCAUACGAUGUUCAGAAUAGCCAAAAGAAUGUACCAUUAGUAAUGGAGAGUCCUACUGUGACAUUCUUUUCCUCAUUUUCAAAGGGGAAAAAACAAGAUAACUACUCUGUUCUUAUAAUUUCAGUAUCUGUACUUUCCAGACACACUUGGCUAGAGAUUUGGGGGGAAUUAGCACAAGAACAGUACAUUUAACUACUUUUUUCUUAACCAAGUAUUCAUCUCUUUGAAUCCAACUGAAGAAGUUUGAGAGAAAUGGAAGCUCCGGUUUAGCAUUGUCAGGACAAUGAGAUUUCCAUAAAGGAAAUGCACAGGCUCUAUGUAACGACCAUUCUUCAGAACAAGGUCGGCAGCAUCUCCAUCUUGUUUUAAAUGCCAUCUAACUUUGAUUUCAGUUGAAGAAUUAGACUAGCACUGUCAGAUCCUGCUUGACUUAGGUCAUGCCAACUAAAUUGCUACGAAAAGUAAGGUUUUAGCAAUGAAAGGACACACUUUAUUUCACUUUUUUUCUUCAGUUUAGCAGUAAGUUCUUACAAAAGUAUAUCAUUCUUCCCAGCAUAUGAGGUGUGAGUCAUCACUGGGGUCAGGAAGGGUCUUCCCAGCAUAUGAGGUGUGAGUCCUCACUCGGGUCAGAGAGGGUCUUUACUUGCCACAGGAGAAAUAAAAUUUGCCAAAUCAUUUGUGCUGUGGUAUUUCAUUUCAAACUGUCUGUUUUGUUUUGUUUUCUACUUGAAAUAAAUCUUGCCCAUUUUUUCUUCUGCCUAUUUAUUGUUAACUUUUUCUAUAAACACUCUAUAAAAUCUCUAUGUUCAAAACUUAAAUGGAAUUGAUAAGUUCCUCCUUUUAUAAUGCUUAUCAUUUUAACUUGUCUGGGUUUUCAUGGAAACUAUAAAAAGAGCAUCUGUUGGUUAUGUGUUAAUAUUCAAAUAACUAGACCACCUCUGUGAUGUUACAUCAAAAUAGAUGACCAGUGUACUCAAUAUUAAAA